AUGAAUGCUUGGUAUCAAAAGACACUCUAUGGAGUUCAUCUUGUUUUGAUUGUAAAUGCGAUAAAAAAAAGUUGUUUAAAUAAUUAUCACUUACUAGUUUCAAAUAUCACUAGCGAGUUAGAAACUACAUUAAAUAAUUCUAUUGUUAAAGCUAUUUCAGUUAAUAUCACUCGUGAUUUACAAGAUACCCCACCUAACAUAUUAAAUAGCGAAGAAUAUGUAGUUAGAGCAUUAGAACUUUUUAAGGAUAAAGAUAACAUAAAAGUUAGUUAUUUAAACAAAAAAGAAAUAGAACAGUUAGGAAUGGGUCUACUUUUAGCAGUUAAUGCCGGUUCUAAUAAAGAAGCAAGAUUUAUAAUUAUAGAAUAUCUAGGGAAUCCUAGUUCAAAAGAAAAACUUGGCCUUGUUGGUAAAGGAAUCACUUUUGAUAGUGGAGGAUAUUCUCUAAAAUCAUCAGAUUUUAUGAUAAAUAUGAAAUUCGAUAUGUCAGGAGCAGCUGUGGUGACUGGGGUUAUGUACGGGCUUUCUUGUCUUAAGCCUAACAUUAAUGUAAUAGCUGUAGCUGGAUUAACUGACAAUAGAAUUGGUCAAAACGCCACUUUAGUAGAAAGUGUUGUUAAAUCAUUGAGUGGUAAAUAUGUAGAAAUUGGUGACACUGAUGCUGAAGGAAGAUUAGUUUUGGCAGAUGGGAUUAGUUAUCUUGUCGAAAAAGCUAAUGUUGAUAAAGUAAUUAGCGUGGCUACUUUAACUGGAUCAUGCAGAAGAACUUUGGGAGAAUGA